AUGACACCCUACGAAAAUUCUUUGGAUAACUUAUCUUCUAAUUCAUCUGAAUAUUUGCCUUUCAAUAAUAAUGAUAAUACACAUUCUGAUCCAAGUACUUCAAAUAAUGGAAAGAAGAGAAGUCAAGUUUGGAAUUACUUCACAAAGCCAAGCUCUUCAACCGAUAUUAAAACUCAUAAAGUGAAGUGCCCAUUCAGUGAAUGUGGGAAGGAGCUAACCUAUUCGAGUGCUACUUCAUCAUUAAGAUAUCAUUUAACAAUCCACAAUAUUAAUGUAAAUGCAAAUAAACAAUCUAAAGGUCUCAUUAAGAAUCGUAGGAAAAAAAAUUUGAAGAAACAGAAAGAACCAUCCCUUUUGCACAUUAAGACCUAUCAACCCCCCAAAUUGACAAAUUCACAAAUGGUUAAUUCGUAUAAUCUACUGCUUCCUAAACUACGGAAUAUGCUUCAACAGGUUGAAUCUGUAUCAUUAGCAAUUGUAACGUGGAAGCUUGAAAAUUACGGUUCUUAUACGGAGAUAACUUGUCAUUGGAUUUCUGAUGAUUUUCAGUUACGCGAAGUUCUUCUAGAUAUUGUUCGAGCCGAAGAAGUGAAUGGAAGUUGGAUGAAAAGCAUCGAGUUAGUUCAAUAA